AUGAAUAACGACGCCCAAAGUCCUGUGCUUAACGCACCGGAGUACAAGGACGAGAAAGGUUCCGAUGUAUCGCCAACCCCGCCUCUGAAGGUUGAGGACGUCGAGCAGAAUGGGUCGAUGAUUGAGGUUGAUGAACUCACCGAGAAGAAGUUGCUGAGGAAGCUGGACAUUCGCAUCGUGCCAAUGAUUUGCUGGAUCUACUUGAUGAAUUUCAUGGAUCGAGUCAACAUUGGCAAUGCUCGUCUCUAUCAGAUGGAGGAAGAUCUUGGUAUGGAUCCCAACAGCAACCAGUUCCAGAUUGCGGUGUCUAUCUUGUUCGUCACCUACGUACUAUUCGAAACACCUUCGAACCUCAUCUUGAAGCGGAUGAAGCCGGCGCGGUACCUAGCCGGUCUGAUGUUUUUGUGGGGCUUAGUGGCCACGUUUUCAGCCUUCGUCACCAACUUCGCCGGACUAGUAGCUUGUCGCCUCCUCUUGGGCAUGUUCGAAGCUGGCCUGUUCCCAGGAGUGAUUCUCUAUUUGAGCAUGUUCUACAACCGGCGCAACGUCAGUUUGAGACAGGCGUGCUUUUACGGCACAUCCGCGCUAGCAGGUGGAUUAGGUGGAGUGGUAGCAUAUGCCAUUGGUGAGAUGGACGGUGUAGCUGGCUGGAACGGAUGGCGCUGGAUCAUUGUGAUUAACGGCAUCCCGACCGUACUGACUGCCGUUGCCGUGCCUUUUAUCCUCCCGAAUAGCCCAGAGACAGCGAGCUUUCUGACCGAGGAGGACCGACGAAACUUGGUCUUGCUUCGAAUGAGGGAGGUCGGUCAAACAACAGCCGGUCAAGAACUACUGAAAGAGGAUGUCAUGAAGGGCGUGAAGGACUGGAAAGUAUACGCCUACGCCAUCGCUCAAUUUGUUGGACUCGGUAUGCUCUACAGUUUCUCUGUGUUCCUGCCCACCAUCAUCAACGGUCUUGGAGGUGGGUGGAACCGUCAGGUGGUUCAGGCAUUAACCAUUCCUGUAUACAUCGUCGGUUUCAUUACCUACGUGAUUGGGGCAUACUACAGCGAUAGGACUCAGAACCGAGGUCUCUUCUGCGUCGCAGGACUAGCUGUCAGUAUGGUUGGAUACAUCUUCCUCAUCGCAGAUGCAGGGCUUGGCCUCAGUUUCGCCGGCUGUUUCGUCGUCGCGCUCGGCUUGUGGGUAGCCACCGGAAUCGCCUUCUCAUGGAUCGGCGUCAACAACCCCCGAUACGGAAAGCGAGCUUUUGCCAGCGGUAUGCAAAUCACCAUUGGUAACUGCUCAGGUGUUGUGGCUCCUUUCUUAUACUCUGCGGAUAUGGCGCCCAGGUUUACUGCUGGCUACGGUGCGACCAUCGGACUGCUAGCGCUGGGUAUCGCCAUCUACGUUGCGCUGCACUUGUACUUCCGGAUGAAGAACCAGCGGAAACUUUCUGGCAAGGAGGACUGGAGAAUGGAGGGCAAGACUGAGGAAGAGAUUGCUGAGAUGGGUGAGGAUAACCCAAGGUAUUUGUACACGAUCUAG